UAAAUCAUUCGCUUGUUUACAUAAUAAUAGACGCACUUCAGAGUGAUAAAUAAAUGCGAAGACAUUGUUUACAAAAUUAAAUUUACUCAUGGAGUGUUUGAAGCUGCAAGAAACUUUAGAGAUUUUCGGCCACGCUGGCUUCUGUGUGAGUGCCGAAAGAUCUCAGCUGCUGCAGAAUUCUCUGCUUAUACUUCAGACAGAAAAUCAUUUUCAAAAGUGCUAUUACUGGGGAAGAGUCAACGGCAUUCGCAAUGACUACCACGUAGCUUAUGGAUUUCAAAAAGAUUGUAUGCUUGGACAAAGUUUCUUUUACAGCACUGAUUGCCUGAAUUGGCUACUGAUGCCAGAGCCGAAAAAAUGUGCAAUUUUGCUAACUCCUUUAGCAAUCAACGAUUUUCGAGGUGAUCCAUCCUUAGUCGAAAAUGUCUACGACGCUAACCCUCCGUACCCAGCUAAAGAUGAUCCUCUCCGUUACGCAGACGAACCAAUCGUAAAACACCUGAAAGAAGAGGAUCGACUGUCGGCCACUGUAUUCCUUAUAAAUCACGAGGCAGCAGUGGUACCCAGAGGUGCCUGGUUCAAGACCACCGACGGCAAAAUCGUUCUGAACACGAGUUUCGAAGGGUUGGAGUCGAGCGAGUCGAGGCAAUUAAAGUCUUAUUUGCACGCGAGACCGGCGCAAAAUAAGUGGAACGCCAAUUUGCUCACGAGGCAGGAUUACAACUUGGCGUUGGACUUUUUGGAUACUAUCGCGGAAGAUGUGCCCCCGGAAUGCUGGAAUCUUCAGUUUGCCCAAGGAGGUCGUUUGGCUCUAUUGCACAGUCUCUAUUGGCCUGGAAUGAUGUUUUACCACAAGACGAAUAGUCCGCAUUACGGCUCUCUGUACGUUGGAAACGGUAAGAAGAAUAUGGACCUUCUUUUCAUGUUAUAACCUGUAAUAAAACGACUCUUCUUAGAAAUCUUUCAUAUUACAAAAUUUUGAGAUCACCGGUAUGUUGCGAGAGCAAUCGCUAGAUGGCGCCAGCUUUCACUCUUACAACAGAAACACGACUAUAUACUUGCGGCGAUCCUUAUAGCUUACGUUCGCAACACGACGAGUAAAUACACGUUUAACCUAUAA